AGCGGGUCCCGCCGCCGCCGCCGCCGCCGGAGCAUGGAGGACCCGGACUGCGACUCGACCUGGGAGGACGACGAGGAGGAGGACGGCGAGGGCCCGUUUUCCAGGGCCUAUGAGGGCGGCGAGGCCAGAGCUCCGGGGACCGCGAGGGCCGAGGCCGAGGAGACCCUGCGGUUCUGCAUGCCCCAGGUCAAGGUGACCGGGUCUCGAAACUGGCGAGCGGCGCGGGACACGCGCCGGUACCGGCACCACUACCCGGACUUGGUAGAGCCAGAUGGCAAUGGUGACAUGCCAAACCUGAGUUUCUACAAAAACGAGAUGGCCUUCCUGCCCAACGGCUGUUUCAUUGAGGACCUUCUUAAGAACUGGAAGGAGGACUACGACCUGCUGGAGGACAAUCACACCUACAUCCAGUGGCUGUUUCCUCUGCGGGAGCCAGGGGUGAACUGGCACGCCAAGCCCCUGACACUCCAAGAAGUCGAGGCCUUUAAAAGCUCCCCGGAGGUCAAGGAGCGCUUGGUCCGGGCCUACGAGCUCAUGCUGGGCUUCUACGGGAUCCAGCUCAAGGACCGGAAGACAGGCCGGGUGUGCCGAGCGCAGAACUACCAGAAACGCUUCCAGAACCUCAACUGGCACAGCCACAACAACCUCCGCAUCACGCGCAUGCUCAAGUCUCUGGGUGAGCUGGGCCUGGAGCACUUCCAGGUGCCCCUGACCCGCUUCUUCCUGGAGGAGACGCUGGUGCGCCGGGAGCUGCCGGGCGUGCGGCAGAGCGCCCUGGACUACUUCGUGUUCACCGUGCGCUGCCGGCACCAGCGCCGCGAGCUGCUGUACUUCGCCUGGGAGCACUUCCGGCCCCGCUGCAGGUUCGUCUGGGCGCCGCUGGAGAAGCUGCAGAAGUUCAGGCCCUGCUCUCCGCCCUGCUCGCCCCGGACCGGCCCACGGUGGGCCGCCAAGCGGGAGAAGGGCCCUCAGGACCCCGUCCUCGAGGCCAGCGCCCCAGGGCAGACCUGCGGGCCAGGGAGGGGCGAGGAGGGGGACCGCGAGCUCGAGGGUCCCCCGCCGCCCAGCCCGGAGCCCCAGGAGGCGGACGCCUUGGAGAGGGACCCGGGCGAUGAGGCGGGUGGGGAGCAGGGGCCCGCGUCUCCAAACCCCAAGGAGAGCAAGAAGAGGAAGCUGGAGGCGAGCCUGCGGGAGCGGGCGCCGGGGGAGCCGGGCCCGAGCGCCCUCGAGGUGGAGAAGAUCGCUCUGAACCUGGAAGGCUGCGCCCUCAGCCAGGGCGGCCUCGGCGAUGGGCCCCCGGAGGCGGGCAGCUGGGCCCCGGGGGAGGCCGCGCAGCCCUGCCCCCAGCCCCCCGGGACCAAGGUGGCCGAUGAGGUGAGGAAGCGAAGGAAGGUGGACCAGGGUGCCAGGGAUGGCGCCGGGGUGGCUGCCACCCGGCCCCCUGCCCCGUCAGGGUGCCCAGAGGCCAAGGAGGGCCAGAGUGAGAUCAAAGAGGAAGCAGACGGCCAGGCAGAGCCAGAGCAGGGUGCCCCUCGUAGCCCAGCCGCUGCUGCGGAGACCGCAGGGGAGGGAGAACCCGUGGGGGAGCAGGGGGAACCCACAGAGGGCCAGGGGGAACCCGCGGGGGAGGGAGAACCCGAGGGGGAGCAGAGGGAACCCGCUGAGGCGGAGGGGGAACCCAAGGGGGAGCAGAGGGAACCCGCUGAGGAGAAGGGGGAACCUGCAGGGCAGGGGGAACCCGCCAAGGGGCAGGAAGAACCCGUGGGGCAGGGGGAACCCACCAAGGAGAAGGGGGAACCCGCCGUGGGGCAGGGGGAACCCUCCAAGGGGCAGGGAGAACCCGUGGGGCAGGGGGAACCCGCUGAGGGGCAGGGAGAACCUCUCGGGCAGGGGGAACCCACCGAGGAGAAGGGGGAACCCGCCGAGGAGAAGCUGGUGGACAGGAGGGCGGAGGCCUCAGGGACGGAGCCUUGCGGUGAACCCGGGACGCCUUAAGGGAUGGGAUGCUGGCUGCUUGGGCCUCAGGCCUGGGCCACGUCGCUGGCUGUUCUCAGUGCCCAGCUCUGCUGGCCUCGCCCUCGUGGUCAGUGGUCACUGCAGUGGACACUACAGCUGCCGGGAGGACAGACCCCACCCUCAAAGAAGGCCAAGGACUGCAGAACCCUUACCUCGGCCCCGCCUCCUCGCAUCUCCUUCCUCCCGGCCGUCGUUGGCCUCAUCUCUGUAAACUGGCCCUUGAGAGUCAGGGGGUGGCGGCGGGGGCUCAUUUUCUUAGUCUGGUGCCCAGGCCUUUUCUGAAUAAACUCACUUGACUUUG